AUGAUUAUGAACCAUACUCGACGACACAUCAUGAAUCUGCUGCUGCUGCGGCGGCGGCGGCGGCAACCUUUCUGCAAAUCCAGCAACAGGUUGAGGGAGAAUCUCGGAACCCUUGAGAACGUACUCGGCGGCAGCUCCAUCGGCGGGAUAAAUCGCAUCGUUCUC